CUACAUUCCGGAAGUGUCAUUUUUGUUUACAUGAGAGACGUAUUCAUUGAAAUGUACUGUAGAAACUAAGAAAGAAUAUGAACACAGCCCGGGGCUUCUGACGAAUGAUUUAAACAAUUUCUUACUCGCAUAAUAGCUAAUUCAACAUUGUUUUAUAAUGUCAAGACAGCCAACAUCGCAAUCUCAGAGAGGAAGCCAAAGAAGCAAUGCUCCAUCCAGAGCUCAAUCUGAGGGGAGGGAGGCCCCGAUAGACAGGAGAAGUUACAUUCCUCCAGAUGGAUAUGACACAGAAGCCAUGAAACAAUUCAGGACGUACCUCACGGAGACGGGGGUGGAGGAGACAUUCCAGAAGCUGGUCAAAAUGUUACUUAAUCGGCCCACCCUUCCCUACAACCCCUACCCGGGCUUCGUUCUUCGAUUCCGACAGUAUGCAGAAAAAUUUCACAUGGAGCAAGAAACCAUUGGAAAGAUACAGCAGUCUUUACGAAAUGCCCUGCAGGAGACGUACUUGCCUAACUUGUUCUGUGUGAAGGGACACGACACAGUGUGGGGUUUGUCUAGUAUCCUGCGGGCUGUCGAUCCGUCCUCCCUGGAAAAGUAUCGCUGGCUGAUGGACGACCUCACCCCCCACCCCGAGGACAUCAUAUCUACUCAGGACUACUCUAAUCAAGUGAUGCUAGCUUUAGUUGGUCCAGUGGUGUUUGAUGGGACAUUUUAUCCAUACGUCCACAGCAUCAAGAUCCGAAUAGAGCAUCUUAUCACUGGUCCGGAUGUCAAGGAGGGAGUGGCAGUGUUUGUAAACAGUGUGAUGGCUAGUAUUGAUGCUAUGUACUCUAACCCUAGACAUCUUAUGAUGGGAGUGAACAUCCCAGAUAUUGACGAGGAAUAUCCAGACAUUACAGUGUAUGAUCUUUGGGACCCUGACAAAAUCCAAGAAGAAAAGGAGGAGUUCCUGCAGGUUUUGAGUGACACUGUUAUUGGCAAUAAGUACAUUUGUAUGGAGUGCGUAUUCCGAGCGGAUCCGUAUUAUCCAAAGUACAUCCGAGGACAAAUCCAGUAUGGACUCAACUUCAUUGAAAUCAGUAAUGACAAUGUAGAAGAAGGGAUUGUGAGUUUUACCGAGUUUCCGAUGGCAUGUUUACACGAGGGAGUGUUUCUGAACAGAUCUCACGCCGAGCAGUACAUAUCUAUAUUUUCUCCACAAGUUGAUCCAUUUCAAAAUGAUGGACCAAGAUCAGCCUUGGGUCAGCCGGAGAGGCCAGACAGGCUAGAGAUAGGGGGCCCCAGGAACUACAGUCGACAGAGCAGGAACCGCCCACCCACUAUAGCCCAGGACCAGGAUAUAAGGGCCGUCAGACGUCACGUGUAUGACAGGACCACCCACAUCAUGCCCAAGAAAGUCAGAAUUGACGGGUUCCGUAUCGGGGAUGAGAACUCCUACGGCCCUUACGCAUGGCAGAUUACAACCCCAAUAAAAUCUCAUUUCCAGAAGAGGAUAGCUGGCCACCACAUGCACGCUGAACUGUGCGAUGCUGUUUAUUGUGCAAUCAUACUCCUACUGUUGGACAGAGAUUCCUAUGCUCAGGAACUUCCUUUUGAGUUGUACCGACUUUUGCACAGUACUGUAGGGCUCCUGUACUUACUGAUGGAACAGAAUAAGUCUCUCAGAUACAUGGUGAAAGGCUUCUCUAAUACAAAUCAGCUGGAGGUGAUCAGAGAAAACUUAGCUUUGUACAGAGAAGCAGUGGUGCAUUUGUUCCAAAGUGAAUUAAAUGACAGAAGUAUGGAACAGAAGACAGCAGGGAAGAUCAUCGUGGCAAUGGUGGAAGAUUUUCUGCCGGGGGAGGGAUUCUCAUUUGAAUCUGUUUUAGAUGUCCAGAUGGCUCUGAAGACCUUAAAAGACAUAAACUGGUAUUGCCUGACACUGUCUAUACAGCUUGCUGAGGAUUGUCUAAGCCAGACCCCUAUACUCAAGGAAGUGAUGAUUGCUAUGAAGAAUACAUUUCCCAGGGUCAUUCCUCAACCUUUGACCAGACACAGACAGAGACGUGACCCCUCGGGUGCUGAUAUGGAUUCUAAUGUUUCACAUGGAGUGGAACAUGAACACAUGAAAGAUUUACUGCACGAAAAACUCAUAGUCAACGUGGAGGAGUGCGUGGAAAAUGGAGAACACAGUAAAGCAAUAGCAAAAGAAGCUGUACUUAUACAGUAUAUGUUAGACACACACCUGGAUGAAGUGUGGAGGGAGUAUUUAUUGAUGAUUGCCAGAGCCCAGUAUUUCCCUCCAAAUCCCUACCCAAGAUUUGUCUCCCUUCUCAGGCAACAUGCCAUGAGGAUGGACCUAUUAUUUGAGAAGCCAGAAGUAACUGGGGGCUCAUUACUAGCCACUCAAAUAGGGGUCGCUGACCAUGAAAACUUUAUCCACACAAUCAAUGGAGUAGAUGCUUACGGGACUGUCAGUGCCCUGCGAGUUCUGGACACUGUGGCAUUCAUGCCGUUAAGCCAGAUCAUUCAACUGUUUGUCCAGCAAAACUACAUUCAGAGAAAAGGUGCUUACAGGGCUGGAAUCUGUCUAGCUCUGAGUGGUCCUAGUAUCCUGUAUGGGAAGAUGCAGCCUUACUUAAAUGAGGUGGAGCUACAUGAACAUUAUUACAUACAGGGACCACCAGGCUGCUCAGGGGAUGCUAUCCAACUGUUUGCUCUGAUGGUUCACAACCAUGUGAAUGAUAUGUUGAUGAAGAACGCGAUUCCGGUGGUGGGCGUGUUUUUUGGGGAGACAAAGUGGACGUGGGAGGAGAUCCUGACCCGCAAACAGUCCUUCAUGGACAUGCUGGUCAACAGCACCUCCAGGAGUGAACCAGUCUUCUUAAAGGCCUUCAUUUUGAUGGAUCAUUGGAGAUACGUCCCUGUUAGAAAAUACUUUCUUCUUCACUUCAUCACAGACGACGAGAUCGAUGGUGAAAUCUUCUACCCCGAUAACCCGGUUGCCUUCUACCAAAGUGUCUUCCUUUCCAGAGACAGGGCUGCCUUCCACUACCAGAAUGGGGGACCCACUAAUGGGGGGGACCCAAUGAACACCACCAACAUCCGGAGUGCCCAGCAAUUCCUGGACAGAAUGAUCUCGGUAUCUAAGGACCGAUGUGAUUGGAUGACUGUCCACAGAGGACUGCUGCUUAAAAGUCUAAUGAAUCAGAACCAGAUGCAUGUGGUGGAGUCCUGGAGGAUGUUACACAGUAUGGCUGCUCAGAUCGAGUAUCUCAUUGCUAUGCUCGAUAGCCUGCAGGAUCUCCUGGUCAUCACCAUGGAGUCCCUCGAGUACAUCAACAAAAAUCGUAGCCGAGGCGCCACAGGGAACAGCCAGGGACGGAGUCGGGGAAAGAGUCAGACGCCCAGUAAACCGCUGCCUGCUGGGGUCAUUCCAGACUUUGAGUGCCCAGUUGAUGAAUCGGUUUUCGGAAGAAUGACCAUGGUUUUUCACAAGAAGAUGGUGGAGGUCACCCAAGCCCGUAUAUUUCUGACUGGAACUCCCCUGACAGAGUUCUUAAAAGCUAAACUCAAGACAUGCAUAGAGGAGGACCCCAGAUUGGACAACUUCUACCUUGCUUACAACACAGAGACUCUGUUCCGAUUGGAAGAAGUGAAACAUAUGUUGCGAUUUGUGCAGGAUAGUUUGGCAGCAGAUGUUCACCAUAUUUCUCCUAAUGCCAUGUCUGCAACAGAAAAUCUCACUGCUGAUGAAAUUCUACAAGGGAGACCAAGUUCUGUUGUAUCUUACAUGCUCAAUGAUCCAUAUCUCUACCGUCCUCGACCUCAGGCUCAAAUGAUGCACACAAUACUGGAGUGAAAUAUCAGCUGCACAGACUCAGUAGGAUUCAUUAUGAUAUAGUGUUAUAAUCAGACCUAAAACUGCAAGGAUUCAUUAGUGUUCUAAUCCAACCUAAGGCUGCACGGACUCAGUAGGAUUCAUUAGGAUAUAGUGUUCUAAUCUGACCUAAGGCUGCACAGACUCAGUAGGAUAUAAUGUUUUAAUCCGACCUAAGGCUGCACGGACUCAGUAGGAUAUAAUGUUCUAAUCAGACCUAAGGCUGCACGGACUCAUUAGUGUUCUAAUCCGACCUAAGGCUGCACAGAUUCAGUAGGAUAUAAUGUUCUAAUCAGACCUAAGGCUGCACGGACUCAGUAGGAUAUAGUGUUCUAAUCCGACCUAAGGCUGCACAGACUCAGUAGGAUAUAAUGUUCUAAUCAGACCUAAGGCUGCACGGACUCAGUAGGAUAUAGUGUUCUAACCAGACCUAAGACUGCAAGGAUUCAUUAGUGUUCUAAUCCGACCUAAGGUUGCAUGGAUUCAGUAGGAUAUAAUGCUCUAAUCCGACCCAAGGCUGCACGGAUUCAGUAGGAUAUAAUGUUCUAAUCCGACCUAAGGCUGCACGGACUCAGUAGGAUAUAGUGUUCUAAUCCGACCUACAAUAUAGCACUGUUAUACAUGUACAGUGAUACUUGGAUAUAAAACACCCUAACUUAUACUGAGUCUUGGUGCAAUGCAGUCUGGAACUUCUAUAGAAAAAACCCUCAGAAACAGACUGGAAUUUUCAUAUGUUGCCACUAAGUGGUUUACAAGUGUUGUUGUAAUACAUGUGAAAUACUGACAUUGGUUUAAUCACCAAAGUUAACGAGCUUGCAUAAAUCCGUGCCAAUUACUUUUACUGACCACUUUUUUAUUCAAACAUACAUGGCUGUGAUAAAAAUAAACACUUUGUAAUAAAUAUUUUAAUACUGAU